AUGACGACUUUGGAUAUCGCAGAGGGCAACAAAAUUAAGAAUGAAGAAUUCAAAAUAUGGAAAAAAUCAGUACCUUCCCUGUACCAACACAUUUCAAGUUUGAAGCCAAUCUUUGGCGCAAGCGUUGACGAAUCUCCAUCAACACCUAGAAGUCUCAUUUUUACUGACAAUAAGGCAUGUGAAAAAGCCAAAGGGAUUUUAAACGUGCCUCUUUUUUAUUCUCAAGGGAGUGACAUUCUAGAGGUGGAAUGUAUAAUGCCACUUGGACUUCAUUAUAGAAGGCCCGAAAACAGUAUAGAACCAAUACCACAACCGGAUUACACUAUGGAGUCCCAGAAAGUAGAACAGACUGUUCUGACUCCAAAAUGGGAGUUUACAGGUGAAACGAUUGAGAAGUUGAUUUAUGUUGAUAACAGUGAAAUAAAUGUAAAAGUAAUAGCCCUUUCCAGUAAUGGUUCGUUAGCAUGGUUCAGAGAUGGGGUUAAGUUACCUGUUUACACGAUGUUGGAAUCGCCCACUCCUCUGAGUGCAACAUCAUCCGUAGAACAAAACGAUAAAGUAUGUGUUGAUUUUGCGAUUUCUAAUGACUCAAAAACAUUGGCAGUGACUAGGGGAACACUUCUCGAUGGUGCAAGCGCUACGAUAAAGUUGGUAGAUAACUCAAGUAGAAUAGGAGAAGUUAUGUGUACAAUAGCUGUUCCCGGCAUAAAAAACAUUCAAGAAAUUAAGUUUCUAGAUAGCCAUAUAUUUGUCACUUGUUCUGAUGAUGGUGUUAUAAGGUUUUGGGAUGGUAAAUCAGGCGGAGAGCCUCUUUGGACGUUGAACGAUUCUUUGGAUGGCAAAACAUGUUGCUUUGCCGUAUCACCUUUUGUUGACACCCUAUUUAUGACCGGAACAAGUAGUGGUGCCAUCAAGGCUUGGGAUCUUCGUGCAAUUGUUGCUUCAAUGGAUUCUGCUGCCGAUCCAAAAAUCACUCGGGAACAUAACAAAGUCAAUGAACUAUUCAAAGUUCAUCAUUUUUACAGUGAGCAAGUUUCUAAAAUUCAAUUUUCUGCUGUCUUACCUACGGAAAUGAUAACAGUUGGAGGCCUCGGGAAUGUCUACCAUUGGGACUUUGAACCAAUUUUCUCCAAUUAUAACGAAAUAAAUGAGGAUUUCCAAGGUAUAAUAUCCGAUGAAGUGGAGGCAGAAAGCAUGACAUUUUAUCACACUGAGGGCUGUAGAAGAGAAAUAGGAGAAAAUAAUAAGUUUAAUACUGUAGCUUAUCAUAGUUGUAUCGAAGAUCUGGUUGCCACAGUCGAUAGUGAUGGUUUGAUAACUGUGUAUAAGCCGUUUACAGGGAAAGUUUCUGAAGAAAGCCAAAAAUUUGAAACUACAGCAAGUUGA